AUGGUUACAUUAAUAGAUAUUUCCAAGAAAUGUAACAAAACAUGCAAAUGCUAUGUAAACCAGGUCUCAGAUAUAACAGCUAAAAGAGAAGACAAUGUUACUCAACUAGAUAGUUAUGGAUAUUGUACCCAUAUUUCCGGGAGUAAGAAACUUGUGUUGUACUGUAAAACUAUAAAACUUGAGACCACGAGUGGAAUAUCAUUCACUAAGUUGCAAUCUGUAACAACGUAUUACCACAAACAAUAUGAACCAGGAAGUGCUAUUAGCAGGCCCCUUAUCAUAAGGGUUCAAACCGAUGCAGGGAAGACACUUUGGUAUGAGAAUGCUGGACAUUAUGCUAAUAAGAAAUGGAGGAAAAUUGGUAAUACAAACGGUUAUCCUGAAGAGGACAACUAUGAUCCAAGUUAUGGACUAAAGAAAAGAUUGACUGACAUUGGAUGCAGGUUAUACGGAUAUCAUCAGAUAGAUAUACAGUAUAUUGGAAAAUACAGUUAUACGUGUCUUAUUUGUGGUGAUAACACCGCUGGAGAAAUUAAACCGGAGACUUCUCCAGGGAGCAUUACUGGAUAUACGAAAUAUACACAUGAAAAAAUAACAGAUAAAUCCAUUCUUGUGUACAACGGUGGGAAAAUAACCUAUAAACGAAAAGACAAUGGGAAGAUAUACUAUCUUCCAAUUCCAAUUAACGAUCCAUCAAACAUUAAAAAUAUAUCAGUCUAUUACUGGGAGCAUGACAAAGGACGUGAGAAUCCUCUCUUGGUGGAACUUGAAACAUACAGCGGAUAUUCGUUUUGGUUUGAGAAUAUUAGCAAGCCAGGAGGAAAAAAUGAUAAAUGGAGACAGAUGAGUCAAUCAGAAUCUAACAUAUUCUCUGGGUAUGGAUCAGAACUUCAGAAUAAACUUGAUAUCCUCAGCUGUAUAUUUAAUGGAACAGUUGUUAUUAACUUGGGUACGUCAAAAGACUGUCACAAUUCUCAAGAUAGUAGACAUAGGAAUAGGAUCAGACAUUUCUAUAAUGGCUCUAUACGUAACCUCUUUGGAUUUGCAGCUCACGAAUAUACAUCAAGAGAUUAUUUCGGUGACAAAACAUUUAACAUAUCGGAUCUAUAUUUUGGCGGUAAAAAGCAGAAUUUUCCAAAAGGUACUUUUCCUUUGAAGAAUAUUACCAAAUUGGACGCAUAUGUGUCAUCAUGUGAUAGCACUAAACCAUUCUUGAUACAUGUUGAAUCGGAAGAUCCCAACUCUAGUGGGAAAUGGUAUUACAGAAAUAGCGCCGACAACUGGAUGGAACACCAACAAAUUGGAGGUAAAGGACAGGAUGAGGUUAAAGAUCAAAUUGCAGAAAUUUUUAGAAAAGUACAAACAACGCUUUACAUAAACGGAUGCUCUACGCAUUCUCAUACAAAUGGAGUACAGUUAAAUAUUAGAUUACAACCAGACCUUGGACAUUAUGCUAGAGUAUAUGGUAGUGGAAAUACGUCUAUAUUGCUGACGAAAUAUGCGAAAAAACCCGUAACAAACUUCUUUAGGAUUACUCAUCAGAUAACAACAAGGAAGACUUUUAAUUUAAAGAGAGAGCUUAAAGGGGGGGAUAACAUAGGAACAGGCACACAAAGAGAUGUUAAGGAAGUGGACGUAUAUUUUUGGGAUGGACAGUCUAGCGAACCUGUACUCGUAGGACUUAUAAAAAGUAACGGAGAAACGUUCUACUAUGGAAAAUUUGCAAAUAUUUGGAUGAAUGGACCAAUAGAUACUCUGAAUGAACAAGAGGCACUUGAUCAUCUAAACUGCCAGCUUAAUAGUGCUAUACCUAUUGAUCUCAAUACUCCAAAAAACCUUCAACCAUUCCACCGAGGUGAAAAAAAGUCCACCUGUUUACCAAAUAAAUCUGUAUCUCAGUCUCAAUCUGGACAUGUUCCAUAUGGAGCCAAAAAGGAUUAUCAAGUAGAAGGAUAUCAAAUACCUCAUGAUACAAGGAUUUCUAGAGUUACCUACAAUUACCAAGCUACAAACAUAGUUCCUCCAUAUACCGAAUAUGGGCUUAUAUUGAACAUUUAUUCUUGGAGCAAGAAGCCGGAAGUACCACUGCUUGUGGAGUUUAAACCCAAAGACGGAAAGCCAUCAACUUGGUAUGAGAAUAUUUGUGAAAAGGAACCUUAUACUAACUGGAGAAAUGUUGAAGAAAAAGAGGUUAGGGGAUUUUAUAUGAGCCAAGAUCCUAAAAAUGACCUUACCGAAAAGUUUACUGAUAAACUGAAUGAGGUUAACUGCAGAGUGAACAAAGUGGUAAAACUUGACAUAUCAAGGAUAUUUUGGAGAUAUUGCAACAGUAAGUGCAAGGAUAAGAGAAUAAAAGUUACUCAAUCUAGAGAGAAAAUUCAUGGCUAUGUAAUUUAUGAACAUACGUCCAUUAUUCCAAACGAGAAUACUUUUACAAUAUCAUCUGUACUUAGUUGGAACACUGAACAGAAGACCACUUUAGGAUAUCCUCUAAGAAAUGUUGCAAAGGUUACGGUAUACUUUGCAGAUUGUAACCCUUAUGCUCCUAUUCUUGUCAAGAUUGAAGAUGGAGGUAAUAGCUGGUUAAAAAGAAAAAGGGAAAAUGAUGGAUGGGAGGAUGCUACUGUAGAGAUAAGUUCCACAGAUCGGAUUUCAAUUAUCAGGACUUUGGAAGAACUAAAACAAACUCUAAAUGUAUGCAACAGCCUUGCGAUUAAACCACCACCUUUUAUGAGUGAAAAUAACAGCGGAGUAACGCAAGUGUCAAAUCUUGACAAUGAUCAAAGCAAUCAGGAUAUAAAAAAUAUUUUCACUGCUAUUGUAGAUGAUGAUUUGGAGGAAGUAGAAGAGAUUCAUGAACUGGAAGAUGAAGCGCCAAAUAUUCCAAAACUAUCUGCUCUCAUAGAUCAAAAAUCUGGUAUUAUUAUUGAUAUAAGGAAAAGACCUAGAAAUGAAGAUAGUGAGGUAUAUAUUCUUGAUGAUGGACAUGCUGUCAAGUUAGAAAAGUCUGAGGAUCCUCAACACUCUGGAUUCUGGAAGUUUACACAUAGCUCACCUACCGGUCAACCUUUUACAAUUAAGGAAGUUAUAUAUGGAGAGAGUGGUAAAAGUGUUGAUGUAGGUGUUGGAUAUAAUAUUAACAUCAAACAACUAUCAGUCUGGUACUGGACAAGUGAUUAUCAAAUGGAAAAUCCACUCUUUAUAGAAAUCGAAAAGUCUGACAAUACUUAUAAAUAUCAUGCUAGUAAAGGUAGAGACGAAUGGUAUCCGUAUGGACAAUCAAAACUCAAAGGUGAAUCCCUUGAACAAACACUAGAUGGCCUUAACUGUUUGCUCAACAAAGCGGUUACCAUGGAUAUAUCUUAUAGUAAAUCAGGAUCAUACUGUUGUAAUAAUCAUAAAAAAAUUUCAGCUACUCCUUUGUCCCUUCAGGUUAAUGGCGCAAGUAUAGUUUAUCAUAAGCAAACUAUAUCAGAUCUUGGGGAUCGACUUGCCAAGAUUAAAUACUAUCAAGAUAACUAUUACCAGGGGCUGAGAAAGAGAAUAAAAUUUGAAAAUAUCCCAUCUUUCCAUGUAGAUUCACCGGUAAAUAUCUAUACAUUUUACUGUGGAAGUGAUCCAAAACUAAUAUAUAUCGAAAAGGUUGGAGGCUCAAGUAUUACAGGAUGGUAUAAGAAAGGUCCUAGUGAUCACAACUGGACAGAUGUCUCUAGUGAGCUAAGUGGCAUAAUUCCUAGUGGAUUUUUGAGUCUUUCUUGUCAAAAUUUCAAUAAAAUAGUAAAUGCUAUAAAUUGUUUUGGUAUGCCAAGAUGUUCAGAUGCCCCUAGUUCGAGAGGUAGUACCAGAAGCUUAUUAUAUGUGACAUCCGCAAGUAUUGAUUUAGAAGUAACCAUUGAGCUUGAACAAAAGCCAACUGAUGAUCAAAAUCCUACGUAUUAUCAAAGAGAUAAAACUUCUACCGAGAAUAAGAACAUUAAGGUCACAAGAACUCUUUGCCCUUUUAGUGGACUUCCUCAGGACUUUUACAAAUACGAACAUAAAAAUCAGGAUGAUGAACCAUUUAAACUAAAGGAAGUGCUAAGUGAAAAUGGCAAGAUAGGUAUCAUUAAGGGAUCUCAAGGACAGAAUAUCUUAUCCGUCUCGGCCUACUAUUGGAGGAAUGAGAACGGUAGCACUAGUCCACCCACUAAAGCUCUCCUAGUGGAAGUUGUCACAAAGGAUACACCUGGAAAUAAUUAUGCUUAUUAUACAUAUAAUAAGGAUGGGAGAUGGAGUGAAUAUACUACAGCAAAUUCUAAGUAUGGAGUUGAUCAGACUCAACUCAUACCUAAACUCAUCACACUUAAUUGUGAGAUUAAUGGUGUCGUUCAAAUAGAUGUUGCAGAAACCUCCAGUUACUGUCAUGUUGGAUAUACUAAAGAUCCUAAACAUAGUGAUCGUUAUACUAAUAAAAUCUCUGUAGAGGAGGUAGAUAAAGGGUGUCUUGGAAAUUAUAGAGCUUAUGAACAUACUCCGUCUUCGGGGGCGUUUAAGAUAUCUUCAUUCAGGAAGGGUAAUGAUUACAUAAAACUUGAGGGUCUGAAACCAGAUCUACCUCUCAAAAAUACUAGCAGGAUUGUUGUUUAUUUCUGCAUGAGUGACCUUGGAGAUCCUCUCCUUAUUUAUCUGCCAGAUAUGACCCAGGGUAACAAGUGGUUUCAAAAGCCUACUAAUUUUAGAGAUAUUUGGGAACCUAUUGCUAAUAGGUUGGGUGAUGAUUCUAACCACAGUUCCAUAGUAAAAUUCUUGGACACUAUUAACAGUCUUUGUAAACCACCUGAAGUAACUAUAGAUAUCUAUAGUAGAGGAACCAUAACCAAAGAAACUAGCUAUCCAGAUACUAUGUAUCCAUAUCUGAAUAUAGUAGUUAAGUCAGUACAUUCACAGAGCAUAGAGGGUUUUACUGAGUAUUAUCACACCAUACAGGGGAGAACAAAAGGAUAUUUCACAAUUAAAGAUUUCAACUAUGACGGAAAUCCCACACAAGGCAGCUUAGGGAAAACAGAAAGGGUUACUAGUGUUUCAGUCUAUUAUUGGUCUCCUUUGGAGACUAGACAGAAGGACUCUCCGGAUAAGAGGGGUAGGCCUCUUCUCGUAAAAGUUAUCAGAAACUCGGACGGAGUUCUCGAAACAAACUAUUAUGAAAAUACUCGUAAUUCAGACAACCAGAGUUGGCAAUAUACUUAUAUAUCUUCAGAAAAUCUCCAAAAGAAGCUUCAUCUUCUCAACUGUAAGUUCAACAAUGCAGUUGUCAUGGAUAUUGGUAAGCAUGAGGAUAAUGAAACUUAUGAUGCUUGCAAGAAUGAUAAUAUGGAUCCCCAACAUGGUGAAUCUAAAAUGAAGGUUGUUAAGGAUGAUGCCCCUGUUGACAAUGCACUUGGAAGUUAUGAAGUUUAUUCUCAUACUCUCAACAAGGAUUCAUCUGGAGAUAAGUUUCAUAUAGUAGGAUUCAGGAAUGGGAAUUAUGACGUAAUACUACCUGGAGUUGGACAAACUACCCCAAAUAAUCCUAUUCUGGAUGUGGAUAAAGUUAAAGUUUACUUUUGUUCAAAGGAUGAUCUUAAAAGGCUUCUUCUUAUAUACAUAAAGACUAGCGAUCCUAAAUUUGGUAGUAAAAAAUGGUGGAAAUCUGACGAUGGUAAAACUUGGGAGAAAGUAAUCUCUUUAGCUGCAUCCACUGAAAAGGACUAUGACAGGAUCCUCAAAGUACUCAAUACUCUUGAAAGUAAAUGUAACGAUACUCCGGAAGCUACUGCUGCUAAAUCUGUUGCUGGAGGUCUCGCUGCUGGCUCUGCACUGUGGUCAACCUUUGGAGGCUCUACCUCUGGUACCCUGGCCGGAGCUGGUGGUCUUACUGGAUUUGGCUGGUGGAUGUUUAAACGUUCUAAAGGAGAUCCUUGGGUUGGACAGAUCUGA